AUGUCCGAUUUUGGGGAUGAUGAGCUUUCAAUAGAGAGCUACAGAUCAAUCCCUUGGCUUAUAUGGAUUCAGCUCUUGAUCCUGGUCCUCCUCUUCUUUCUCCUUUACUGCUUCACCCUUUUUGUCCCUGCAGAUCAUCACUCCGACGACCAAACUACCAGUACUACUGCUUCUUCUACAUAUACGAGUCAGCUCGUUUCCAGCGAAACCCAGAGACAUAGGUCGAUCCCUAAGCGCAAUACCACAACAAAUGUUACAAAUUCAUGCUUAGAGACUAUUACUCAGGUCGGAGGAGGAAUUAUAAAGAGAUCAGAAAUAGGGACAAGCACGAGUAGAAGGAGUAGAAGAAGUAGAAGAUCAUCGGUGAGAGAAGCAGAAGAUCAGGUUACAGAAAGGGAGUCAUCAUCUGCAGUAACCCCUAAAUAUUAUCACCCCUGCGAUUAUUUCAGGCAGGCUACAAUAGCAUUUUUGAAAUGUUUAGGCUUAGACUCCACUCGUGAUCAGAAUUCCUUUAGGGGAGAGAGUUAA